CUCCCUCUCUCUCUCUUCCUCUGUCUCUCUCUCUCUCUCUCUCUUUCUGUAAUUGUUCGUACCUCAGACGGGCAGCGUUUCUCCGCUAAUCCCGAUCAAGGCUCAGCGAAGUCUUUCCGUUCUCUCAGCCGAGGCUCUUCUCUGUCUCAUAUUCCGGACUCGGUUUUUUUAAUCGUGGUUUUAAUCUGCGGUCUAGUGUUCAGUGUUUUAAAGUCUAACGGCUCCUGAGGAGCAGCGGAGGCUCCUUCACCGCUCACUGACUGACGGACUCCGCUCUGAGGGGUCCUGAGAGAAAACUUCCGCAGCAGACCUCCAGACUAAACACACGACGGCGAACGUGUUAGACAGUCUGCUACAGGACAAAGGAUUGACACUUUGGAUAUGUCUGGAUUUGUCAAAGUGAAUAAGCACAGUAUGAGCCACACAAACCCAGAAUAAGCAGCUCAGACCACCCAGAGAGAACAGAGGUCCACACAUGGCACUUGCAGCUGCAGAGAACUCGUAGAAGCUAAAGAUGGCUGAUCCUGGAAGACCUCAUUUUGGGUCCACCAUGGCUUCGUUGGAAUGUUCUGUCCCCAUAAACCAGACCCAUUUUGGAUCCAACGAUUCAGAAUCAGGAUCGGGAAACACCUGGACACCUAAAGGGAAGAACUGGCCUGCUUUGAUCAUUCUGGUCAUCAUCUUCUUCACCAUUGGCGGGAAUAUUUUGGUAAUACUUGCAGUGUCACUGGAGAAGAAGCUGCACAACGCCACCAACUUUUUCCUGCGCUCGCUGGCUGUGGCGGACAUGCUUGUGGGCAUUCUGGUCAUGCCAACUUCAAUGAUCAACAUUCUGCAUAAUAACACCUGGCCCUUCCCCCGAGUGCUGUGCCCCAUGUGGAUUUUCUUGGACGUGCUCUUCUCCACAGCCUCCAUCAUGCAUCUGUGUGCCAUCUCUCUGGACCGCUACAUUGGAAUCCGGAGCCCCAUCCAGCACAGCCGCUCCAACUCUCCCUGCAGGGCCAUGGCCAAGAUCACAGUAGUCUGGACCAUUUCCAUUGUUGUCUCCAUGCCCAUCCCAGUGAUUGGCCUGCAGGAUGAGCAGAAGGUGUUUGUGAAUGACAGUUGUGUGCUGAACGAGCCAUGCUUUGUACUGGUGGGCUCGUUUGUGGCCUUCUUCGUCCCCCUCCUCAUCAUGGUGGUCUGCUACUGCCUCACCAUCAGGCUGCUCCAACAGCACGCGGCCACUUUCUCCCGUGACCGCAACAGCUAUGUUGAUGUUAACCCCAAGCAGCCUUCACCCCAGCCCAGCAUCAGUGGCAUCAGCCUUUUGAACGAGGAACCAUCCACGACCCAGAACAAGGGAGCUGCCCAGCCCCUCAGCUCUCCACUAACAGGCCACGUGUGCAUGGUUCCACAAGGCCAAGGUAGGCGAGGCAUGACACAGGCAAUCAAGAAUGAGCGUAGGGCCUCCAAAGUUUUGGGCGUGGUCUUCUUCCUCUUCCUGGUGAUGUGGUGUCCAUUCUUCAUCACAAACGUGCUGGUAGCUUUGUGCCGGGACGACUGCAGCAAGCACCUGUUCAGUCUGAUGAAUCUCUUUGUGUGGGUGGGCUACGUCUCCUCUGGUGUCAACCCGCUGGUCUACACUCUAUUCAACAAGACUUACCGCCAUGCCUUCUCCCGCUACCUGCACUGCAGGUAUCACAAACAGACUAAGCCCUUUCUGAACAACUCAGCUUGCCAGGUUUAUUCCGUCUCACCAACCCCCAUCCUAUGUGAGAGGAGCUUCACUGACACUAACGGAAACGGCUUUUCAGAUUUAGAUCUGAAUCGGGAGCAUAAACAAUCAGAUGAGAUGCUAAAAGACGGAAACAGUAGACUUCCCAGCCAUAUGGAACACAUCAGCAGUGUCUGAUUGAUAGAAACAAGGACAAUGGAACAACCUACCCCAGUACAAUGAAUGUAACUUUGUGUUUUACCACUCAAAUCUCUACUUGAGGUUCUCCUUUAAGGUCUGCAUGUUUUCGGAACCAAACUUGGUGGAUGUAAUGAAUUACAUACAUUAAUGACUGCCAAGGGUCGACAUAUUAUUCGCACAGAAUUGUGUUUGUAAAAUAUGAUAGUUUAUGAACUGGCUUUAUAUUUCUUCUUUAAAUAUGGAACUAGACAUGUGCUGAUAUUCUAGAAGGUAUAUCACACACUAUGUUGUUAUCAUGGACAGUUUUAAAUAUCGUCACUGCAUUUUUGUCAAAUAACUAGAUUUUUUUAUGUAUGUAAAAUAACUGAUUUCAAUAUGCUGCCCCAGUCUAAUCCCAUUCUUUAUGUGAUGUGUGUACAGUUGUUUUAGCAUGUUAUUGGUCUGAGCACCUUCACACCUCACAGUAAAAGUUGCUGCCCUUUUAUACUUAAUGAGCUGUCUGAUCUGGAAGGUCUACCAUGUGACUCAGUAAGAAAAAACUGAGGAAACUAAAGGCCUGUAGGUCAGUAAGACUGCCAGAAAAGACCAGAAAUGAACAAAGACUGCUGUGCUGUUACACAACAUGCUAUCAGUGAAGAUUUUUUUUUCACCCCAAGACAGAAAUCCCCAAAAUGUAAAACAACCAAAACAAAAUGACUUUCUGAACAUUCUGCAUGAGCGAUACAUUUAUUUAUUUAUUACAUACGAUAUUGUGAUAACAUUGUAAACUGUGAUGAAGGUUUGGGUUAAUUAUUGUGAUAUUAAAUGUUUAUAUUGGCAGAUGUUCCAUUCAGUUUUGUAUAACACAGUGACAGUUCAGCUCUGUAAGAAGACUGGCUUCAUGAAGUACUGUAGAUUUGCAACGUACUAUUGUAGUGUCACAGCACCACCAUGUGGACAUAUUUGGUUGAUUUUAGUCUCUAAGAUGUGAGGUUUUUUUUCCCACAGUCCAUUUCCUGGCAUGACAUUGUAUUCUUUUGAAUUUUCAGUAUUUAGGUUUUGAGUUUGGGGUGAGGUGUGGUUACCUGAUGUGAUACGUAUCCAUAAAUUUGUUUUGAUAUCUCA